GCGACACAAACCUCUCGAUUCGAUCCAUCUCCACAUUCCGUAACAGUCUCUUUCUCGCAACAUUCACCUCUGACUUCCUCUCUCUCUCUAGACGACUUCUUUCAGAUCAUUUCGUAGAGCAAAAAGUAGCAGAAAUGGCGGAUCAGCUCACCGACGAACAGAUCUCCGAGUUCAAGGAGGCGUUCAGUCUCUUCGACAAGGACGGCGAUGGUUGCAUCACCACGAAGGAGCUUGGGACAGUUAUGAGGUCAUUGGGACAAAACCCAACUGAAGCUGAGCUCCAGGAUAUGAUAAAUGAGGUAGAUGCUGAUGGUAAUGGAACUAUUGACUUCCCAGAAUUUUUAAAUCUAAUGGCGAGGAAGAUGAAAGACACCGAUUCUGAGGAGGAGCUGAAGGAGGCAUUCAGGGUUUUCGACAAGGACCAGAACGGUUUCAUCUCCGCUGCUGAGCUACGCCACGUGAUGACUAAUCUCGGGGAAAAGCUUACAGAUGAGGAAGUUGACGAGAUGAUUCGAGAGGCCGACGUCGACGGUGAUGGGCAGAUCAACUACGAGGAGUUUGUCAAGGUUAUGAUGGCCAAGUAAUGACUCUUUUCUUUCCUUUCCUCCCUUCCCAAUAUAAAACUUUCUAGGUUCUACAUGCUUGACAAUUUGGAAUGAAGACCUAAAACUUUGAUGGGGUGGAUGGUUCAACUAAUAUAAUGCUUAUCUAUUUAUUUUUUUCCUUUUUAUUUUCUAGUAUUUUGAGUGGUUUGUUGGUUGGACUUUGAAUCACAGUAUUAUUUUUCCUACCGCAACGGGUUGUGGAUAAGACUCUUUAUCCCCCUCCCUUUGGCGACGUGUCUUGUUUUUGAACUUAUUGAUUGGUGUCACGUUUGUAAAUUUCUCUGCCGGGCAGACUUGCUUUAUGAACCGUGCUAAUUGAGUUUCUUCUAUAUAUGUUCAAUGUGUUAUAUGAGGCACCUAAUUAAUGUUUAUGGCAUCU